UACCUUUCAAGUCUACAAAAUAAGGUGGUAAAAAAUUAAAAUUAUUAUUUAGGUGGCGUAUCGAAUGCUUUUAGCUUUCUCUAACACAAAAUUGCGUUGUAUACGCAUGUAUAAUUUUUAUACUAAAUAUUAAUGCGCCAUUUCCGGUUACGGGUGAUCUCGUGAAGGACAAAAGAAAUAUUUCUUUCCGUUCGAGCUACGACACGUGCAGCCUCGCGUUCACUUUAGCAGUGCCUUUAGAUUGUGUCUAACAAUCAAUUACGUUUUAUUUUACCGUUAUUAGUGUUAUUACUAUUCGUUCUUAAAUAAAAGAUUUAUUACCUAGAUCAGCUAAAUUAUAAUCACUUUUAAGAUUAUAAUAAAAAUAUUUUAAUCAUGGCUAACGGUGAUCCAACUUCUGGUGAUGUUUCCGAUUUUACAACAAAUGAUGAAAUAGACGCUUUUGCCAAUGGCGACACAAUGGUGUCGUUUAAAGGAAAAGUGGCGUGGGUUGACGGAGUUAAGUUCGUAAAAAGUGGAAAAAAAUUGUUUCGUUUUGUCAUGACAAAUAACGCCGGUAGACAAAUUCGAAUUCUGGUCUGGGACAAACAGGGCUCUCUUUAUCAGCAAAAAGUGGAACCAAAUAUGGUCCUUAAGUUUUCUCGAUUGAAAUGCUUACCAGCUGACCCGCUUUACGCACAAGCAGCGGAAAAUGUCGUUUCACAAGAAUUGACUGUUCAGUCUAAUACAACAGUCACAUGGCCUGCGCCAUCAACUAUGCCUUUGAAAAAGAAAGUUGUAACAAUUUCCGAGAUAUCGGAGGAAUUCGGAAUGGUUUCUCUGACAGGUUAUGUGAAAGAUGAAUUCGAGGAAGUAUCCUAUAAUAAUAACUCUUACUCUUCUGGUUCUAUCACCGACGGUGAGUAUAAAGUAAAAGUACAAGUACGUUCUUAUGUCAAAGUUAUGGCGGAUAAAUUAACACCCGGGGUCCACGUUCAAGUUCAAGGUCAAGUAAAUCGAGAAAGAUUGCACGGACUUCCUUACAUCCAGUGUAACUCUUUCAACGAUGUAAAAGUCGUGGAUGACGAAGUAAUGUCAACUAAUGCGAUCAAAGCUGGAUUUAAAACUCCUGAUGCUCAAUCCGCCAAACGAAGGCGUUCUGAAGAGCCUAAAUCUCCAUUGGCUGAAAUAUCUAACGCACUACAGGAACCACUAAAAACUGUUGGAUCAAAAAUGGAUGAUCAGUAACUUCUUGCUAUCAAUGUUUAACUUAUUUUGGCUUUUUUAUUCAGUUUUAUGUUUUUAUUAUUUUCUUUUUUUUUUUAAAGUAAUGAUCAGCUUAUUAAGACAAGUUUUGCAAAUUGACAAUUUCAAUUAAUGUACGUUAUUAUUUUUUUCAUUCGUAUCGGCCGUAUUUAAUUUGGUUUUUAAGGAAAAUGUUCUCGAGCUAUUUUUAAAAAUCAUUACAUUAAAGGAUUGUAUUUAAUUUAGUGUUUGAUAAGAACAAGUGCGUAGAAAUCUAAUUUCUCGUAUAUAAUAUACAGUAAAAAAAUUUUGCGUUAU